AAUUAAACUGUGAAAGAGAUGAGAGUAAAGGCCGCGGCUGCGGCCUAGCCUUCCUUCAUCAUUCUCACCAUAUAUCAUCAUCUCUAUUGUAUCUAUUAUCAAUCCCAAUUCCACCAUUAAGGCUCUGCUCAACACCCCUCAAUAGCACUUUUAGGGGGGAGUGUAUUGCAGUUGUAUAGAGUUAGUCAAUCAUGAGCCAGUCCAAAAUCAAGCGAAGAGUUGGUAAUUAUGAAGUGGGAAGGACGAUAGGCGAGGGAACAUUUGCCAAAGUUAAGUUUGGAAGGAAUUCCGAGACGGGAGAUGCUGUUGCUCUCAAGAUUCUUGACAAGGAUAAGGUCCUUAAGCACAAAAUGGCAGAACAGAUCAAGCGGGAAAUUGCUAUAAUGAAGUUGAUAAGACAUCCAAAUGUUGUUCGCUUGUACGAGGUGCUGGGAAGCAAGACCAAAAUAUACAUUGUUUUGGAAUUUGUUACUGGUGGAGAGCUUUUCGACAAAAUUGUAAAUCAUGGACGGAUGAAGGAAGACGAGGCUAGGAAGUAUUUUCAACAACUUAUUAACGCAGUUGAUUAUUGCCAUAGCCGAGGAGUCUACCACCGAGAUCUAAAGCCGGAAAAUUUAUUGUUGGAUGCUUCUGGAAACCUCAAAGUUUCUGAUUUUGGAUUGAGCGCUCUGUCCCAGCAAGUCCGGGAUGACGGGUUACUUCACACAACAUGUGGGACUCCGAACUAUGUUGCUCCGGAGGUUCUCAAUGAUCAAGGCUAUGAUGGUUCAACUGCCGAUCUCUGGUCCUGUGGAGUUAUUCUCUUUGUAUUGCUCGCUGGGUACUUGCCUUUCGACGAUUCUAAUCUUGUGAACUUGUAUAAAAAAAUUUCUUCAGCUGAAUUUACUUGCCCGCCAUGGUUCUCUUUCGGUGCCAUGAAGUUAAUUACCAAAAUCUUGGACCCGAACCCUGUAACCCGUAUAACAGUUCCCGAAAUUCUGGAAGAUGAAUGGUUUAAGAAAGAUUACAAACCGCCUGUUUUUGACGAGAAAGAAGAUGCAAACCUCGACGAUGUUGAAGCUGUUUUUCAGGAUUCUGAAGAGCAUCAUGUAACAGAGAAAAAGGAAGAGCAGCCAACUUCUAUGAAUGCAUUCGAGUUAAUUUCUAUGUCUAAAGGACUCAACCUCGGGAAUCUAUUCGAUGAGCAGGCACAGGGAUUCAAGAGAGAAACAAGGUUCACGUCAAAACGCCCAGCCAACGAGAUAAUCAGCAAGAUUGAAGAAGCUGCAAAGCCCCUCGGCUUUGAUGUUCAGAAAAAGAACUACAAGAUGCGGUUGGAAAACAUAAAAGCGGGAAGAAAAGGAAACCUUAAUGUUGCAACCGAGGUAUUCCAAGUUGCUCCUUCUCUGCAUAUGGUUGAAGUGCGAAAAGCAAAAGGGGACACAUUGGAAUUCCACAAGUUCUACAAAAAUCUUUCAACCUGCCUCGAUGAUGUGGUAUGGCGAACCGAAGAAGACAUGCAAGAAACAAAGUAGAACCCCUCUACCAGUUUUGGUACAUUGAAUUGAAUGGGAACAAGACAGAUUGUAUUUAAUUGUGAAGAAGAUUUGGUUUCCAUUUAAGCCUGUUUGAGAAUUGGCACCAAGGGAAUCAUCUGUAUUUAUUUGUGAUGUAGAUUGAUGGGAUAUGAUUGCUGUUGUAAACACAAAUGUUAUUGGCUCUUUGACACCAUUUUUGCUGCUGUCAA